AGGUCGCGGCGGACACCAAGGACAAAGAGGUGCUGUCGGCCGGCAAUAAGUCGCACGUGCCGGAGACUCCGAAAUCUGCCAACAACCCCCAGGCCAAAUCUGCUGGAACGGGUGAGCCUUCAUCUCUGGCGAGUUCCUGCAGCUCAUUUAUUCUGACGGUCGCUCAUCCUCGAUAUCACAGGUUGGGGUGCAGGGCGAGGCUGGUUUUGAUAUGACUUCCAGUACCGACAAAGCUACCGUUGUAACAGCAUGCGAACAGAAUGUGGAUGUAACUGUAACUGAGGGGGACAGUCGUGACACAGAGACAAAGGCUGACGCUGCAAAGGAAGCCAAAAAUGAGACGCCUACUCCUACUAAGACAUCCGAGAAGCCUGAAGAUAACCAAUCAUCCAAGGGCAACGAGGAUGAGAAAACCAAGCCAUCAAAAGGCGAUGACGAUCACGGCAAGGACGCGGAACAAGAGAAGCAAACUAAUGACGGCGAAGACCAGACUAAAAAUGCGGAUAAGGAAGAAUCUACUAAAGAUGGCGACGAUCAAUCUAAGGAUGCUGACUUGCUUGGUGUAUUCUCCGAUAGCGAGAGUAAAGGUGGAAAGGGUACCGGUGAGUCGUGGAGCAAGUUAACGUUGGUCCGCAGGCAAGUGAUUGAUGGUUUUUGUGACGCUCUUGUACAGGUGGUAAUCGGAGCAGGAAGAACAACCAAAACAACCGCGGCGGCAAGGGCAAAAAAAAUCAGAAUUGACUGGAUCAACCGAAGGGUGUGUCUGAUGAGUUUUAGAAGCGCUUUGGAUGGGCAACGGGUUCAGAAGGCUAUGUAUUCUCACAAACUGAUGCAAUGGAGAUCUGCAUGCGUUGUUCUUCGUUCAGUGAUUUGUGUGAGCUGUGCAUAGUAUGUAUAGUAGCGGUACUCCGCGUCUCCCGAUCCUGUUCCCCGUAACCUUCUUACCCCG